UGAGGGAUGGCUGCGUGCUCUGGGGAGCCAGAGUCAUCGUACCAAACAAAGGCAGGGAAAAGAUAUUGAAAGUACUGCACCAAACACAUUCCGGCAUGUCAAAGAUGAAAGGUCUGGCUAGAUCUUAUGUAUGGUGGCCGGGGAUGGACCAGGAUGUAGAAAAGGAAGUGCAGUCUUGUGAGGAGUGCCAAAAGCACCACAAGUCACCACCAUCAGCACCAUUGCAUCCCUGGGAGUGGCCGGAGUCUCCCUGGACGAGAAUUCAUGUGGACUAUGCAGGCCCUUUCCUGGGAGAGAUGUUUCUACUGAUAGUGGAUGCUCACUCAAAAUGGAUGGAUAUUUAUCCAGUGAAGUCAGCUACAUCACAGGUGACCAUUGAAAAGCUGCGUCAGAGUUUCAGUGUUUUUGGACUGCCAAAAAUGUUGGUGUCAGACAACGGAACCUGUUUUACAAGUGCUGAAUUUGAGACUUUCAUGAAACAAAAUGGCAUCCGCCAUGUGAGGUCAGCACCGUUUCACCCGUCUUCUAAUGGGCUGGCAGAGAGGGCGGUCCAGACCUUCAAAGGGGGGAUGAAAAAGAUGAAAGGUGAAACAUUGCAAACUAGACUGUCAAGGUUUCUGUUCAGUUACCGCAUCACACCUCACGCGACCACAGGCCUGUCGCCUGCAGAGUUGAUGAUGUCAAGGAGACUCAGAUCUGCAUUAGACCUGCUCCUGCCAGAUGUGAAAACAAGAGUGCAGCAAAAACAACUAAAACAGAAACAGUCCCAUGACACAAACAGGAAACUGAGAAGUUUCUCACCUGGGGAUAAAGUGUUCAUCAGAAACUACUCUUAUGGACCUAAAUGGAUCGCUGCGGUCAUCGAGAGCUCAUCAGGUCCAGUGUCAUAUACAGUGAUCAUUGGAAGUGGUCAAGUCGUGAAGCGGCAUGUGGAUCAAGUAAGAGCCAGAUUAACAGACACCGUGCCCUUAGAGCCGGUGCUGGACUCCAACAGAGACACUGUGGUUCCAGUGACAAUCGAGCAAGAAGGACCUCCUGCAAGUGAGCCAGUGGUUCUGUGUACUCCGGGCCCGCCGGACUUGCCUGCUACACCCGUGGUGAGACGAUCAGAGCGCGAGAGACAGCCACCUGUAUACCUGAAAGACUUUGUUAAAUAGAUCAAGAGAUGUUCCAUUAAUAGAGCAGCAUAGUUCUCUGAUCUCACUUUAAGGAAAGGUUUAGAAUGUUAAUCUUUGAAAGUGAAAUGGUUCAUGCCAGUACCUCGAAAUGUUGUGUAACGGGAGUAUGUUAUACUCCCACCUUCGGGAAGUAUUGUUAGCUUAAAGGGGGGGAAAUGUGGUAUCUUACCUUGUGUUAUUAUUACAUGUUAUUGUG